UGUCCUGCGCGUCAGUCACAGGCGGUCGCAAACUGACGCGGCGCAUUCGGGCCCGGUUUUGGAGCGCCAAUGUCAGUACAAAGCGGUCUCGGCAAACUGGACGUCGGCGUCCUGAACGCUGAACAGCGGGAGAAGCUGCGCCAGUUCAAAAUCCAGACGAGGAUCGACAAUGAGAAGUACCUGAUGGCGCACCCUGAGGUGGAGGUCAUGGUGGAAGAUUUUCUCAGGGAUGUGCUUCUUAAAAGGCCCACGCACAUUCGAGCCUUUGCUGCUGAACAUUUCACCAACCCCGACCUUCACACCGUCAUUAAUGCCAAAAUGGAGACCAUCAAUAUGGACUCCUAGAAGGCGAACAGCAAGAGGACGUUUGUCAUUUUCAGAGCCGUCUUUUGUGGCGAUGAACACAAAAGUUGUUGAUGUACACCAAAAUAUGAUGUUAUUUUGGUGGUAGCAGGUGAAAAAAAUAAUAAAGAUUGCCCUACAUAUUGAUCUUGA